AAAUGGCGUUUCGCGGCGUGAAAGGUGGAAGUGAUCCAUUUGCUUUAAAAACUUCUAGAUAUGAGCGUUUUGCUCAAAUGUCGAAACAGGAGCAAUUAAUAGAGCAAAAGAAGAAAGAAAUUCAAGCAAAGUUUGAAGAACAAAAGAAAAAAGUCACCGAAGAAGCCCAAAAAAAGGUCAAAAAUCCUCCCGGUUUACCAAAGCCAAAAGUUGUUGCUACAGUAGUGCAGCAGAAACCUAGCAAGAAACCAUACUGGAAAAGCAGUGAUCAGCGCUGGAAGAAGGAGAUGCCCGUUGCUAAUAAAUUUAAUGCACCACACAAGCUUGCCAUCAACCUCUUUUCGAACGAUGGGAGUUUCCUAGAUCAGUUCAAAAAGAUAUCUGGAGUUAAGGAACCGAAAGGUGAUAAACAGAAGGAAAGCGCAUCAUCUGAUGAAAACGCGGAAGCAAACAGUUUUGAAAAAGUGGGAAAUGACGAAAAGGAGAAAACGGGUGAAGAUCCUGGCAAGGCAGCAGACGCGGAGGAGAUCUUGGAGGGUCCGGUGCAAGGUCCGGUCUGGCAGGAACCUGAAGAGUCCCCCCCGCCGUCCAGGCCAUCCUCUCCGUACUCCCCCACCCGCGACACCACCCCUGACCCCGCCACAGAGGGGGGCAAUCCUCCGCCCGCUCGGGAGCCGGUCCCACCGCCCCAGACCCAGCCGAUCCCACAGCCGGGCCACUUCGAGUCCCACCCCCUGCUGCAGAUGAUGACCCCCCCGCCCAUGCCGAUCCCGCAGAUCGCCAUGUCCCGACCUCUCCAGAUAUCACAGCCGCCUCCGCCCUUCCUGUCGUACUCCACGCCUCCUCCCGGACUGCACAUCGUCCCCCCGCCGCCCAUGCCCCUGCCACCCCCCCUGCAUCCCAACACGUCCGUCGCCCCGCCCCCCAUGAGGCACCACCUGCUCCCCCCGCUGCAGAGCAUACCGCACCCCCUGAACAUCCCGCCCCCUCACCCCUUGCACGGCCCCCUCCGGCCGAACCUCAGCCUGCCUCCGCCCUUGAUGCGCCACCCGGGCCCGCCCAUGAUGCCCAUCGCGCCGCCCCUGAUGCAGCCGACGGCGGCCCCCCGCAUGCCCGCCGGCGUCGGAGUGUGUUCGACAGCGAUGGCGCAGGAUGAGGCCGUUCGGCAGCUGGCCAGAACUGUGGCGCAGUGUGGCGAUGACAUAGAGGACAUCAUCAAGGCGAGGAACCCGCGGGACCCCAGCAUAUGGUUUCUCCAUGAUAGAGAAAAUCCAGCAUACCGGGAGUACAGGUUUCUGGUAGACCAGUUCCGUCAGGAUAUAGAGAAAACUGCCGUCCCUAGGGAAGAGGAGACUACAGAAGUUAAGCAGGAAACCGUGAGAAAGUCCGAGUAUGGCAACACCAAUACCAGUGGUGAAUAUGGUAAAACCGAUUGUGAAUUCAGCAACAACGUUGGUGAAUACAUCACUGCCUCAGUAAAACAAGAAGUCUGUGUCAAAAGUGAAAAUUUUCAGCCAGAUGCAAACACUGCAGUUGAAAUCAAGAAAGAAUCAGAGGAAGAUGACAAUUCGAGGAACAGUGAUGGCAAGCGCUCCGGCGAGGAGGGGGAGGACUCGUCGGGCUCCUACCGGAGGAAGAAGCGACGCAGCCGCUGGGCCCCGGAGGACACCAAGGUGGACCUGCCGCCCGUGGGCAUGGCGGUGGCCCCGCAGCCAGCGGCAGGUACUGGCACACAGUGGAGUUCCUUUGAGUGCUUGCCGACUGGUACGUUCAACCCGCCAGGUACAGGUGGUGUAAUGCUUACAAAGGUAACUCGCACUGACCCUGCACUUGUUCAGUAUGCGAUUCAAGCCUUUGGAACCAGCUGCUUGACUGAGGAAGAUUGGAGGAAAGCUGAGGAUCAUUAUAAGAUCAACCUGCUGUACCAGGACAUGAUGCGCAAGAAGCAGGAGCUGGAGCGCCUGCAGCGGGCGGGCAGGUUCAAGUACGAGUACGACAGCGACGAGGAGACGGAGGGCGGCACCUGGGAGCACCGCCUGCGCUCGGCCGAGAUGGUGGCCACGCAGCUGUGGGCCGACGAGCUCACCAAGAAGGCCGAGGGCAAACACCACAUCGGGGACUUCCUGCCGCCCGACGAGCUCGAGCGCUUCCUGGAGAAGUACAGUGCUUUGAAAGACGGGCGCGAACCAGAUCUGUCCGACUACAAGGAGUUCAAACUGAAGGAAGACAACAUAGGCUUUCAGAUGCUUCAGAAGCUGGGUUGGACUGAAGGCCAAGGGCUUGGCUCGGAGGGCACAGGAAUCGUGGAUCCAGUAAACAAAGCAUCAACUCGUCCAGACAACCAAGGUCUUGGGAUAGAACGUCCUGAUGACGUGUCACGAGGAGAUGACGAAUACGAUGCUUAUAGGAAACGAAUGAUGUUGGCGUAUCGUUUCCGUCCUAAUCCACUGAACAAUCCUCGAAGACCAUACUACUAAACUGUUGGUUAUCUUGCAGAAGGUACAAGCAUUAUUGGACAUAUCCUCUUUUAGUUAUGUCCAAUAUUUUAAUUAUGUGAACAUUAUGUUGCACUUAUUUUUGUACAUAGUGUACCAUAUUUAUAUUAUUCCUUUUAACUUAAGUAUUCUAAGGGUAAUGUUGUUGUUUAUAUUACCUUACGAAGAAAAUGUUUAUUGCCAUGAAUGUUGUAGUAAAUUGAGUUCAUUUAAUGAGAUAAUAUUUGUGAAGAGUGGAUUAUUUAAAAUUUCGUAAAUCAUGUUCAGGGAAUAAAAAAAUUUGCAUUGGAAUAAAAAAUUUGUUGGUUGGAAAUUAUAUAAAUAUUAAAUUUUCAUUUAUCUGCUUUAGUAUCAUUAGCAAAAUAUUGUUUCCUGUUUCCAAUAGCAUGAACCUAGUCAUACAUUCUUGAUUUGUCGUUUUGAUAUGAAUGAUAGAAAGUGUUUGUUGUUUUACUUAUUUCUGUUCAAAUUUUAAUAUUUAUAUUAAAAAAUUCAGUUUAUAAAUUUUUAGGAGUAAAUGUGUCAGCUUUCGCAGUGUCUGUCAUGUUUGUUUUGUCUCUUUGGGUUAUUAAAUCACAAAAUUUUUGUUUUCAAAGUUAUGAAAUUUAACCAAAAUUCAAAAUAAGCUUUAACCAAGCAUAUAUUUGGUUCAAAAGCUGCUUUAUACCUGAAUAUGCCCCAUUCAUUCUACAGAAAUAGUAGUUACUGUGGUGCUACAUACCAAUGUGAAGGGGGAAAAAACUGGUAUUAUUUAACUUGGAUAUAGUGUAGGUAUUGUUUUUGUUAAAAAAAUGUUUUAUGAUACAAUAAAUAUUUUUUAAUGUAUGAAAUUUUAUCUAGAACAAAAA